AUGUCACCAAUUAGAUCUACAAUAGUUUGGGGCGAAGUUUGUUUAAGACACAUAACUUCUGUUGACCUCUGGACAAAUGCCCAUGUUAGUUUGUUGGAUUUGUCCCCCCGCAUGUCUCUUGUUUAUCUUCACGGUAAUGAGGCGGAAGAUCGAUGCGGCAUAUUCUGGAAAAAAAUUAGCCAUACGGUGCAAACACAGAGCAAAGAAGACGAAUGGACAGGUGGACGGAUAAGUGAAGAGCUAAAAGAUGAACGGAAAGUAUCUGCGCAAACAUGGACAGACAAAUGGACGGACAAGCGGACGGCGGGCCGUCGGAGAGAGAAACACCAGCAUGAACGCAUUAUUUGUGAUAAUGAAUCAGAACCAAUUGCUCUUAAAAGAAACAGUGUCGAUAAAGCCACAGAUUCCACACUUAUUGACCCAAACUGGGAUGCCAUUAUUGAAUGUGUGGACUUGAUACGUGGAGGAGAAGUACCCGUAAAAGCCGCCGCAGCCGCAAUUAAGAAGAGGUACCAUAACGAAAAUCCACAUGUGGCUCACCACGCAUUACUCGUCCUGGAAGCAUGCAUGAAGAACUGUGGUGUCAAGUUUCAUGCUGAAAUUGCAACAAGGGAUUUCAUGGAAGAUUUGAAGAAUCUCUCGCUAGAUACAACACCAGAUAAGGUUAAGAACAAGAUACUAGAAUUGCUGCAGUGUUGGGCAUUAGCUUUCAAAAAUAAACCCGAGUAUAAAAUUGUAGUCGACACUCACAAUUUAAUGAAAUUAGCCGGUUUUGAUUUUCCACAUGUUGCCGAGGCAGAUGCAAUGUUCAUUGCGGAAAGUGCACCGGAAUGGGCAGACGGAGAGGAAUGUUUCAGAUGUCGAACAGCAUUUGGGAUCAUUACACGUAAGCAUCACUGCCGUGCCUGUGGACAAAUAUUUUGCGAUAAAUGCAGCAGCAAACAAAGCUUCUUGCCGCAAUACGGUAUUGAAAAGCAGGUAAGAGUUUGUGAUGGGUGCUAUGAAAAGACAACAGCAAAAAAGACCGAUGUCAGUUGCUUACAAAGUUCAGUACCGCCAUCAUCUAAAGGUGAUAAACCUUUGUCUCUUGAUGCGCGGAAAACAGCUGAGCAACGGGCUCGUGAAUUAAAGCAGGCUGAGGAAGAUGAAAUUAAUUUGGCUAUUGCACUGAGUCAAUCAGAAGCAGAGGCACAGGAACGUGAAAGGCAGCGUCGUCUUUAUGAAUUGUAUAAUGGUAUUGAUACUUUAAACGAUAUUAAAAUUAACGGAAGUACUCAUGAUGGCGAGCUGAAUAAAUCAGUUUAUAAAGGUGCAGCGCCCUCCAUCGCAAGCGAUAUGCCAGCAUCGUCGGGCGUUGCUUAUGUAGAUCCAGAACUGGCGAGAUAUUUAAACCGAGAUUAUUGGCAGCAGAGAAAAAAUGAACAGCGAAAUUCGGUAUCAGCAGUAUUGACGGUUGACGGUCAACAAAAAAUACCAACGCCAACUGCACCACCACCAAGCGAAUCAUCGCGUUGUGCGCCUAGUCAUGACCAUGAUGGUACGGUUUCACUUAUCGCGCCUUCAUUUGCCUCAACCACAAAGCAGCUCGAAAGUGAUACUACCGCAGCAUCUCAUUUUAUUAGUACUGAAGAGGAAGAAACAGCAGAAACAAUGGAAUUUUGUCGACAGCUGGUGGAACAGGUUACUGUCAUGGAUAAUCGAAUUCGUUCCAACGUUGCUCGAAAUCGUUCUGUUGUCAAUGACACUGCAAUACAAUCUUUAUUCAUACGCUUGACCGAGAUGCAUGCCCAAGUAAUGGCACGAAUGAACAAGCUAGAGGAUCAAAGAAAUCAUUUUGAAUCUCUUCAAGAUAGUUUAGCUCAUAUCCAGGAAGCUAGACAAGCCAUAGAUGCUCUCAGGGAAGAUCAUGAACGGCAAAAGCAAGCAAGAAUUAUGGAAGAACAACGUCUGAAACAGAUACAAAUGCAGCAGAAAGUGGAUUUAAUGAGGCAGAAGAAGCAUGAAAUGAUAUUACAUCAACGCCAAAUGGCACUUUUACGCUUCCAGCAACAAGAACAGGAAAUGCAAAUGAAACGAAUGCAAAUGAUGGGACAGAAUAUUCAAAUGAAUCCCACUAGUCAACCCACAGAAAUGCAUUAUAGUCAGAUAAUUGCGGAGCCUACUCAGGCUAUCAUGCAAGGGAACAGCAUUCCCUGUGGUUAUCCACCAAGUGCAUAUGUGGGUCAGGCCCAGUUAAGUUAUGCUAUUCCAACGGCACAGAGUUAUGCAUCUGGUGCGCCUCUGGUACAGGAUGGUGCCGUAGCUGCAACAAUUAAGCAAGGUUCAAACAUUCCAAAUUAUACACCAAUUCAACCCUAUACUGAUCAGGUUUCGGUAGACGUGCAGCAGCUACAAGAGCAGCAACAGUUCUUCAAAUCAGAUGUGCCAACAUCGAACCACCAGUUGAGCGCCUCUCAGAAUUCAUUGCAACUUCUUGCAGCUAGUAAUGCCCCAGCUUACAGUGUUGCUUCCCUGCAGUCUUCUGUUUCACGAGCUUAUCCCGGAUAUCAGCAACCAAUGGAACAACCUGUUGUUACACUUCCAGGUGGACAACAACAGCAGCAGCAACUUCAGGUUACCGUAGCCGGUAUUGGUCACCAAAAGCUUGGUCUUCAGGAACAACAAAAGCCUAGUUUUGUGCCAUCAACGACAAUGCCGACAGUUUCAACUCAGCACACUAAUCGAAUGAUGCAACCCUUUUCACCGUAUUCUCUGUCAAAUGGAAUGAUAGUGGAGCAUCCCGCCCAAAAUAUGCGUUAUUCAGCGCAGUCUCAAGCGAAUGAAGAAACGCGAUCACAGGUCGUAGCGCAGCCAACUGAAGAAUUGCUUAUUUCAUUCGACUAA